UCUCUGGUUCAAGGUAUAACUAGUGUCGGGAAGCACAGGGGACCAUAGUACAGAGAAUCACCUGAACUUCACCAUGGCUCCAAACCAGAGGAAAGUGUUCGUGGUGGGAGUGGGGAUGACCAAGUUCUUGAAGCCUCAAGAUAAUUUGGAUUAUACAGACUUCGCCAAAGAAGCAGGUCAGAUGGCUCUGAAUGAUGCUGGAAUUUCAUAUUCUGCAGUGGAGCAGGCAUGCGUAGGAUAUGUGUAUGGUGAUUCCACAUGUGGGCAACGUGCAAUCUAUCACAGUUUGGGUCUGACUGGGAUUCCCAUUAUCAAUGUCAACAAUAACUGCUCUACCGGGUCCACAGCACUCUUCAUGGCCAGGCAGCUGGUGCAGGGAGGACUAUGCGACUGUGCCUUGGCUCUUGGUUUUGAGAAGAUGGAGCGUGGGUCUCUAUCAUCCAAGUUUACUGACCGGACCAACCCUAUGGACAAGCAUAUGGAGGUGAUCAUAAAUAAGUAUGGCUUGGCGCCUGUUCCUGCAGCUCCUCAGAUGUUUGGUUGUGCUGGUAGAGAACAUAUGGAAAAAUAUGGCACCAAGAAGGAACACUUUGCCAAGAUCGCAUGGAAGAAUCACAAACAUUCUGUUAAUAACCCGAACUCACAGUUCCGCGACGAGUACAGCUUGGAUCAAGUGCUGAAUUCCAGGAAAAUCUUUGAAUACCUGACUAUACUUCAGUGCUGCCCAACCUCUGAUGGUGCUGCUGCUGCCAUUGUAGUGAGUGAAGAUUUUGUGCGCAAGCACAGGCUGGAGGGGCAAGCCGUGGAGAUCCUGGCACAGGAAAUGGUCACUGAUACCAGAAGUUCGUUUGAAGAAGAAAGCUGCAUCAAGGCGGUUGGGUUUGACAUGUCCAAACUUGCUGCUGAGAAAUGCUUCACGAAAACUGGUUUAAGACCAGAAGACGUAGAUGUGAUUGAACUUCAUGACUGUUUCUCUGCUAAUGAGCUCAUCACAUAUGAGGCACUAGGACUUUGCCCCAUAGGUCAAGCUGGAGCUCUGAUUGACCGAGGAGACAAUACAUAUGGCGGUCGAUGGGUAAUUAAUCCUAGUGGAGGUUUGAUCUCUAAAGGCCACCCACUUGGAGCAACAGGGCUGGCUCAGUGUGCUGAACUCUGCUGGCAGCUCAGAGAUCAGGCCGGACCCAGACAGGUUCCAGGAGCCAAGAUCGCUUUGCAGCACAACAUCGGCAUCGGGGGAGCAGUGGUGGUCACUCUGUACAGGAUGGGAUUCCCAGGCUCUGCAUCCAGUACGUCGCGUAUCCAGAUGGCGCCAACAAGUGCCGAGGACGGAUUUAAAUGUCAGUUUGUGUUUAAGGAGAUUGAGAAGAAGCUUGAAGAGGAAGGAGAUCAAUUCGUAAAGAAGAUCGGUGGUAUAUUUUCUUUCAAAGUGAAAGACGGGCCUGGGGGCAAAGAAGGGACAUGGGUGGUUGAUGUGAAGAAUGGCAAAGGAUCUGUGUCCACUAGCUCAGAUAAGAAGGCAGAUUGUACCAUCACUAUGUCAGACGCUGAUUUAUUGUCCUUGAUGACUGGGAAGCUCAACCCUCAGACGGCAUUUUUUCAGGGAAAGCUGAAAAUCGCUGGAAACAUGGGAAUGGCCAUGAAAUUACAGAGUUUGCAGCUGCAACCUGUGAAGGCGAAGCUGUGAAGAGAUAUCCAUUGUUGGACCCCUUUUUAAUUGCAGCCGGGAUUGACUUAUGUAGUGGAUCAUAAUUCUAUCUUCCUCCUCCAUUUCCAGACAGGCAUUGUGAAGCAGCAUCGGUCCGGGAGAAGCGGGAUCCAUGUGUACUGGAUGAACACACUUGUGUCUGUCUCUCUCUCUCUCUCUCUCUCUCUCUCUCUCUCUCUCUCUCUCUCUCUCUCUCUCUCUCUCUCUCUCUCUCUCUCUCUCUCUCUCUCUCUCUCUCUCUCUCUCUCUCUCUCUCUCUCUAAAGCAUGAGUAUUCUCUAAUUAUGCAGGAUUGCUUGUGCAUCGUACUGGGAACAUGAAUGUCUUUUUUUUUUUUUUUUGUACACACUUCUUGAAUACAUGCAUUGACUCAUGCUUUUGCAUGAUCUCUUUGCGUUUCCCGUAUGCCUGUAUAUGUGGAUUACUCUGCCCCACAUCUGCAGAAACACGUGUAAUACACGCCUGUCUAGCACUUAAAGGGUCUGUAAACUGAUCGUGGGUUCCCAUCCAUGAUCAAACAUUUUCAUCUCUGUGGACUGUCUUUUGCUUCUAGUAACUCUCUUGUCCUUUUUUCUAAUAGAGUAUUAAUCUAAUUUCAAAAGACAAAAAAAUUACUUAAUUUGAAUAACUGUACCAGCUAAAUACUGAUUGCCCUGGUUAAACAGAGCAGACUGUUCCUCGGGAAGAGACUACCAGAUCUGCCCUUUUUUGGGGCUUUAUAGAAUACUUGACUAAUUUUGUUAAUAGUAUGAAAAUAUUAACUUUAAUAAAAUCUCAGAUUUCCAUGUG